UGCAAUAGCAUAAUAAUACAUGGAAAAAGCUUGUGGGGGAAUAUUUGAUGCCAUGUAUAAGUGAUGCUUGUUGCUUUAAAUCUGCGUGUGCUCAAUCUCAGCUGGUCUAUGCGGUAUGAGCAAUCUGUUGGUGAAGACUAAAGAACAUUCAUUUGCACAUCUAUUUUUUUUUCCUUUCCAUCCCUCCUCUCCGAACCAGAACCAUUAAUCUCCCCUCCUCCAGACUUCACAUCCGGUUCACCCGCUAGUAGCCUAUCUUCUGUGUCUUGCCUGUGUGUGUUUGUGACGGCCUGAUUCUCCACCGAGCUGUACUGCAGACUCCCUGCCUGGAUACGCUGCGUGCUAGACGGAUACUACGCCUGGCGUGUGUCGGUGAUGGAGCUACAGUCGGCGCUCUGAGCUGGUGGGAGCCGAUCUGCAUGACACAAAGGCCGGGAUGAGACGCUAGGCUAUCGAAUGGGCGCCCCGGCUUGAUGAUACUCGCUCAACGAUGUCCAAGAGCCUGAAGAAGAAAAAUCACUGGACCAACAAAGUCCACGAAGCGGUCGUAACCAGGAGCAUAGAAGGGGAAUUUGGCUUCGAGCUGAAGGGGGGCGCGGAGAUUGGGCAGUUCCCCUACUUCGGGGAGGUGAAACAAGGUAAAGAGACCCUCCAGAGCGGCAAGCUGGCCCAGGAUGAGUUGCUGCUGGAGGUCAACAACACGCCCGUGGCCGGGCUCACCACCCGGGAUGUUCUGGCUGUCAUCAAACACUGCAAAGAUCCGAUCCGCUUGAAGUGUGUCAAACAAGGGGGCGUGGUGGAUAAGGACCUCCGGCACUACCUCAACCUGCGCUUCUCCAAGGGAUCCGUGGACCACGACCACCAGCAGAUCAUCAGAGACAACCUCUACCUCCGCAGCGUGCCCUGUACCACCAGGCUGCCAAAGAAGGGAGAGGUGCCGGAGGUGGACUAUAACUUUGUGAGCGUGGAGCGCUUUAUGGAACUGGAGCAAAGCGGAGCCCUGCUAGAGAGUGGAACCUAUGAAGAGAACUUCUACGGUACUCCCAAGCCCCCAGCUGAGCCCAGUCCGGCGGCCCCUCCCCUGAAUGUGAGUGAGGCGCUGCUGCCCGGAGCCUGGCCCAGCACCCAGGGCAAGAGGAAGAGGAACCAGUCGGUUAGCAACAUGGAGCAGCGAGCCAGCCUUGAGCUGCCUGAGGAGGAGGACUGCAGCCCUCCCGUGGUCAACGGGAAUGGGGUGGCCAUCACGCCAGAGUCAAGCGAGCAUGAGGACAAGAGCACGGAUGUGUCAGAGGAGGUUUCUGCGGUGGAUGUCCCCACCCUGCCCCCUGCCUUCACUGAGCCCCCCACAGAGGGAGAGGAGCCCUCCGAGGGGGAACCACCCAAAUCGCCCCCCAAACUCCCCAAAGGAGAUGAGGAGGAACUGGGACCCCUGCCCGACAACUGGGAGAUGGCCUACACCGAGAAAGGAGAGGUCUACUUCAUAGAUCACAACACCAAAACCACGUCAUGGCUGGAUCCUCGGCUUGCAAAGAAGGCCAAACCACCUGAGGAGUGCAAAGAGGACGAACUGCCGUAUGGCUGGGAGAAGAUCGAUGACCCUGUCUAUGGCAGUUACUACGUAGACCACAUCAACAGAAGGACCCAGUUUGAGAACCCUGUUCUGGAGGCCAAGAGACGAUUGGAGCAGCAGCAGCAGAUGCAGAGCCAGGGACUGUCGGCUCUGCCUUUACCUACUAUAUACAGAGAGAAGCCCCCGUUCACGCGGGACCCCACCCAGCUGAAGGGCUCCUUUCUGUCCACGGCUCUCCAGAAGAGAAACAUGGGCUUUGGCUUCACCAUCAUUGGAGGGGACGAACCGGAUGAGUUCCUGCAGGUCAAGAGUGUCAUACCUGAGGGCCCCGCUGCACAGGACCGGAAGAUGGAAACAGGUGAUGUCAUCGUCUACAUCAAUGACAUAUGCUGCCUGGGCACCACUCACGCCGACGUGGUCAAACUCUUCCAAUCCAUUCCCAUCGGACAAAGCGUCACCCUGGUCCUCUGCCGGGGCUACCCCCUGCCCUUUGACCCCGAGGACCCUAGCGGGGCGUCCGCCGGUGCCUCCCUGACACCCAUGGGCCUGGAACACCAUCCCAUGGUGGUGAACGGGCGUAGCAGCUACGACCCUUACCUGGAGUACCUCUCCCUGAGCUCUCAGCUCCCUCCACAGGCUCUAGCCCAGCCCGGGGCACCCCACCCUGGGGACACCCACCUGGAUGGGUCGUCGUUACCGCCCAUCACCCCCGGGUCUGCACUGGCUGUGACGCCAAGCGACGACAAUGUCUCCAUGGUGCCGUCGGUGGCGACAGGGAUCACCGGGGGCGUGAUCCAGGGGGCGGAGCUGCUGACGGUGACUAUGGUGAAGGGGGCAGAAGGGUUCGGGUUCACCAUCGCCGACAGCUCCACGGGGCAGCGGGUCAAACAGGUGUUGGAGCCGGGUGUGCAGGGCGGAGUGGGUCUGAAUGAAGGAGACCUGAUCCUGGAGGUGAACCAGCAGGGUGUGGCGGGGGCGGGACAUGGCCGUGUGGUGGAGCUGCUCAAAGAGUGUCCUGUCGGAGCAGAGGCCACGCUACUCAUACAGAGAGGAGGAGGGGAAGAUGACCCUAGGAGGAAGACAGAUGAGAACAGUGGAGCACUUAGAACAGCAGCAGCCAGCGGCAAUGGUCACCUCUCUCCAUGGAAGACCUCCAAACAGCUACCAGAGCAGUGGGACCCCCAUGGUAGUCCCCAGACUUGCUUGUCAGCCCCGGUGCUUCCCUCCGGCACACCCAUCUCUACCCUGCCACAGUAUCGCACCUCGGUCCCCGACUCCACGGAGGGCUUCAACCUCAACAAACCCGACCCAUACGACCUCUACGAGAAGUCCAGGGCCAUCUACGAGAGUAGGCGUCCAGAGUACCAGGAGGUGGAAGUUCACCUGUUGAGAGAGAAGACUGGGUUUGGCUUCCGCAUCCUGGGGGGAGACGAGGCCGUGCAGGCUGUGAGUCCGGACGCCCGCGACAAGAUUGUGAUCGGGGCGAUCAUAGAGAAUACUCCUGCGGAACGCGACGGACGUCUUCGGCCCGGGGACGAGCUCAUCUCCGUGGAUAAGAUGGUGGUUGCCGGGAAACCACACAGAUACGUGAUCGACCUGAUGCACGCCGCCGCACGCAAUGGUCAGGUCAGCCUGACGGUCCGGAGGAGAGUCCACUUCCUCAGUGAGGUGUUAGGGAUGAACGGCCGUUGCCCGGGCUAUGUGUCCACGCAGCACAGCUCCCCGCGCAGCGACGCCGCCUCAGCUUCCUGUCCUGUAACCCCCGGCAAUGUCCCGCCACCGUCCACCGCCUCCCCUCCGGAGGGCGCCGUCCCCCUGUGUACCAGUGAUGUCAUCAUCCACCGCAAGGAGAACGAGGGCUUCGGCUUUGUCAUCAUCAGCUCGCUGAACCGACCGGAGAACACAGCUGUCAUCACUGUGCCCCACAAGAUUGGGCGUAUCAUCGAGGGCAGCCCAGCGGACCGCUGCGGCCGCCUGAAGGUGGGCAACCGGAUCCUGGCCGUCAAUGGGCAAUCCAUCAUCAGCAUGCCCCACGCCGACAUCGUCAAGCUCAUCAAAGACGCCGGACUCAUCGUCACCCUGCACAUCAUACCAGAGGAAGAUCACCACUCGAGGCCCAGCUCAGAAAAGCAGAGCCCCAUGACCCAGAAACACAGCCCCCAGGCCCAGCCCAGCCCCGUAGCCAACCAGCCAAGCCAAGGUAUAUCCCAGCUGGGUCAGGCACCGGGCCAGACAACCACCACCCAGGCAGGCCCAGCAACACCACCCGCUCCAGCCCAGCCAGGCCAAGUACCAGCAGCAGCCACACAGCCUACCCCAGGAGCAGGCGCCCAGCCCAGCCCAGCAGGGGCCCAGCCACCCGGCCAUCCUCCCCCGCUCUAUCUCCACGACAGCAGGUCAGAGGUGAAAGCCAGGCAGGAUGUGAAACCGGACAUCCGCCAGCCUCCAUUCACCGACUACCAGCAGCCCCCCAUCGACUACCGGCACCCUCCUGUGGCUGAUUACCGGCAGCCGCCCACUCUGGACUACCUGCACCCUCCUCCCCUCAUCGACUACAGACAACACUCGACAACCCUUGCUGCACAGUUCCCUCUAGCACAGUUUCCCCCAGACUUCAGACCACAGGACUUUGACUACUUCACGGUAGAGCUGGAGAAGAGUGUGAAGGGUUUUGGCUUCAGUCUCCGUGGGGGACGGGAGUACAAGAUGGAUCUGUUUGUUUUGCGGCUCGCUGAGGACGGGCCAGCCAUCCGCAAUGGCAGAAUGAGGGUGGGGGAUCAAAUCAUUGAGAUAAAUGGGGACAGUACUCGGGACAUGACUCACGCCCGGGCCAUCGAGUUGAUCAAGGCGGGGUGCAGGCGGGUGAGACUGUUGCUGAAGAGAGGCACGGGACAGGUGCCUGAGUAUGGAAUGGUACCUUCCAACCUCUCCAUGUGCAUGAAAGGUGACAUGCUAAUCUCCCCCUAUUUCUUCCUAAUGGGCCACUCUAAAGAUACGGCGGUGCCUCCCCCUGGGAUGCCCUUCCUCCAGCCCUCUCUGCCCUGCAGGAAGUGACCCUUGAUCCCCAGCAGCCACCCACCUGAUCUCUCUCAUCCCAUCCAGCCUCCACCCUAGACUCCCUCCACCAGCUCUCUCUAGAGGCCACACCACGUUCGGCAGCCCAGGCUCCAGACCCCAGCUCCACGAGAGGGGCUACAGGUGGCAGGUCCCAAUCCAAGUGCACCGUCCGGGAGAAGGAAACCCCACAGGGGGCCUGGGGAGGUGGAGGGGGGACCCCAAAAGCCCCAGCCUCCGCCACGUCCCCCCAAAGCUCUCAGAGGGAGGUCCGCAGAGAGGAUGGAGAGCAGCAGCACCGGCGCCCCUGGUGGGGAGAGAGUGCACACACACACCCACCCACGCAGGCUCCGAACACUGCCACAUGGCCCUGGGACUCUUCCUACCUGAGUGUGAGUCUGAACGGAGGCAGUGGAGAUCGUGGGGAGGGAUGCGUAAACCUCCAGGAGGGGCCUGAGCUGAGAGGUCUGCAGCCCAGGGACGAGGAAGGGCUCCCUGGCAACGGUGAGCUCUGCUACCCACCUCAGAGCAUGGACGGCCCCCUGCAGGCAGGAGUGCAGUCACCUCCCCAGGGCCCUGGAACCCACCUGGGGCAGACAGGCUGCUUGACACCCUGAGGUCCUGGACCUCCACUGUCAGCACGUAGGACGGAUCUGGAUCAGACUGGUUUUCACUGGAUCAGACAACUUCUGACCAGGUUGGACUGGCUGGCUCUUCAUAGGAUCCCAAAUCCAACCCACCACUCACACCAUCAGAUGCAAGAGUGAUCUCUCUCUCUCUCGCGCUCUCUCUCUCUCUCUCUCUGACAUCUUGUUGUUCCCUCUUUCAAGAUGAUUACAACCCACCACCUUAAAAACUGAAGGAUAUAUUACAGCUGUUGUGUGUGUAAACAUAAAGAGGACUCACUCUACUUAGUGCAUUGGUUUUGAAACCCGAUGAUACAAAUCCCAUGGCUACGAUCCCACUGGGGCUUUUUGGGUCUGGGCCAAGGUGAGCUUUCGACAUGUUCCUAGUUUAACCAUUCAACCAUAUCAGACCAAAAUGGAUGGUCAGUUUCAACAGCAGAUGGGAAAACACUUAUCUAAACAGAGAGCGAAAUAUUAAGGUGGUUUGCCUAUCAUUUAACUUUCUUUGGAAUGGAAAGAAUGAUAAGAAUACAGAACUGAGGGAGACGGAGGGGGGGGGCUUUCAUUUAAAAUCCUCCUGAAACGUGAAAUGGUUUUGGACAUGGCACUAACCAGGGUUGGCUAGGUUACUUUCUAAAUGUACUCCGUUACAGUUACUAGUUACCUGUCCAAUAUUGUAAUCAGUAACGUAACGU